AUGUUGUACUUGAAUAACCACAUUCUUUUUUUAUGGUUUUUGCCAAGUUCUCUAUGUGCUAUUGAUAAGAAUUUUAUUAGAGAACAAAAUAAUAUUAUGAAAGAAUUUUUUUCUAUAUGCAUCGUAUUAAUUGUAAUCGGUUUUAUUGUUGGAUCGAUUCUAUUAAUUCUCAUUCUACCAUUCAUUGUUGAUUCAAGCGUAAUGGAUGAUGAUCAGGAAUCGAUAGAUUCCUCGGAUGAAAAUCAAUCAAAUGAAGAAAAAUCCAGUCCAGAUUCAGAUGAUUCAUUAUCAGUAGCCGAUGAUGAUGACGAGAAGAAUAUUCUUGAACAAGAUCCAGAGGAAAGAUCACCAUUUUAA